AUGCCUCGUGGUGUGUCUCUCGAAAACGACUUUCGAGCUAUCAUUGAUGAUCAAACGCUUAGCGAUCUUGAUAUCAUAUGUUCUGACGAUGUAACCAUUCGUGGCUGCCGUAUUAUUCUUGCAGCUCGUUCCGAUUUCUUCCAUUCUCUGUUAUUUGGUCAAAUGCGCGAAGCUCGCCAAAAUGAAGUCACCUUCCCAAAAAUCGAUUCCAAAACCAUGAGAAUAAUCUUGGAUUAUAUAUAUACCGGUGAAAUCAGUAAAUCCAGAGGGUCGACGCCGACUUUAGAUGAUUUAAUUGAAGCAUAUUCCGCUGCCGAAUACAUUCAAUUGCCAGAACUCAAAGUAGAUAUUUUGAUGGAUUUUGAGGAGACGAUGGAUAAAGCUCCCGAGGUGAAUUUUUCUCCAGAAAUGUUAUCCUCUGCAAUAGAAAAGCUAUCACCAACCGCAGAACCGGACCAGCUUCUAGAUAUGCUGGCCGAGGGUGUAGCAAAGAUGCAGUUGGAGGAUAUUCCUUAUGAAAAAUUGACAAAUUUGGCUCUUUUCUACCUUGUUCGUCAUUGUAAGGAGAAAAAGAGGCCAUUGGCGAAAAAUCAAUACAGUUUGUUCAGAUAUGUCACUUUGCACACAGCGAGCAAAGUCUCCCAAGAUGCAUUAGAAAGAUUUAAGCAUUGUCUUCCACCACUGGAGGAGACCUAUGGGUGGUCCGUUUACCCUGAACAUCUAGAAGAUUUGAAGUCAGUUCAACAAGAAAUGACUGAAUUGUCUCGCAUCUUGAAACACAUUGACUUUAUAUCAAUUAGUGGCAAGAUAUUGGCAGAUAUCAUUGAACCAUUGAAGGUGGUACCUCUUGAAAUCCUCCUUGACGCCUAUAGACACAAGGCAAAGAAUGAGGUAGUUUGGGAGGAGAAAAAGGCUUUGAUGGAAUUCACGUGGGACCGCAACUUCUGUGGACCAAAU